AUAGAUAAGUUUCAUGGCACACAGUGAGUGGGACUUCAACUAAAGGCACAAAGUGCAGAACAGACUCAAAGUAACAUGGAGCUGACAGCAAAAGCCCACUCGGUUCCUUUGAGUGAUGGAAACAGCAUACCUUUAAUAGGACUGGGAACUUAUGGGAAUCCCAGCACGACUCCAAAAGGAACGUCAUAUGAAGCUGUCAAACUCGCCAUUGAAAUAGGCUACAGACACAUAGACGGAGCCUUGGUGUAUUUCAACGAACAUGAGGUGGGACAAGCAAUAAGGGACAAAAUAGCUGAUGGAACUGUCAAGAGAGAGGACAUCUUCUACUGUGGGAAGCUGUGGAACACAUUCCAUCCCCCUGAGCUGGUUCGGCCUGCUCUGGAGAAAACACUGACGACGUUACAGCUUGAUUAUGUCGAUCUUUAUAUUGUAGAAAUGCCAACAGCUUUCAAGCCAGGAGACAACUUCUACCCACGAGAUGAGAAUGGGAAGUACAUUUACCACGAGACAGACCUCUGUGCCACAUGGAAGGCUUUGGAAGCUUGCAAAGAUGCCGGGCUGGUCAAGUCCCUCGGAGUGUCCAACUUCAACAAACGCCAACUGGAGAUGAUCCUGAACAAUCCAAGUCUGAAACAUAAACCGGUGUCAAACCAGGUUGAAUGCCAUCCAUACUUCACCCAGCCAAAGUUGCUUGAAUACUGCCGGGAAAAAGACAUUGUCAUUGUCGGUUACAGUCCUCUUGGUACAUCCAGAGAUGCAUCAUGGGUAAACCUGACGUGCCCACCAUUGCUGUUAGAUGAGUUUUUGACUUCAGUCGCCAAAAAGUAUAAAAAGACCACGGCACAGGUGUGCCUGAGGUUCAACGUCCAGAGAGGAGUGGUUGUCAUUCCAAAGAGCUUUAGCCCCGCUCGUAUAAAGGAGAACUUUGAUAUAUUUGACUUCUCUCUGUCAGAGGAUGAGAUGAAGGCGAUUGAGGGUCUGAACAAGAAUAUUCGUUUUGUGGAGCUUCUCAUGUGGUCUGAUCAUCCAGAGUAUCCAUUUCAUGACGAAUACUGACGCCACAAGCUUAUAGCUACUUUGAUGGCUUAAUGAUUUUAUAGUCAUGUUACAUCACAAAUAAAAAAUAACAAAUAAAUAAUAAAUACUGCACCUUUAUUGUUAAUUUUAUAAAAUGUUAUUGGCUGUAGUGAUU